AUGGGUCUGGCCACAUGUCGAUUGAUUCAAGGGAUGACACAAGCAGCUCUCUAUCCGAGCAUGCACACAAUGCUGGGUAAAUGGGCACCGCUGAGUGAAAGAGGAAGAUUGAGCACUUAUGUCUACACGGGAUCUCAAUUCGGAACAAUCUUGAUCUUCGAAAUAUCAGGACUAUUUGCUGGUACACCGGUCCUUGGUUGGCCCGCUAUAUUUUGGUUAUGCGGUAUCCUCAGUUUUGCCAGUUUCGGUCUUCUUAUCUGGUUCGUCGCUCCGUCUCCUCGCGAACAUCCGACCAUAAGUGCUGAAGAAUUAUCUUACAUUACGCAAGAUGGAAAUGUUGAUGCUUUCCCGAAGAAACGCAGAACGCCAUGGACGCAUAUUCUCACUAGCACAGCAGUUUGGGGUCUGGUAGUGAGCCACGCCGGGAGUUCGGCAGGAUACCUUCUAGUCCUCACUCAGAUGCCAACGUACAUGAACGAAAUACUUAACGUAAACAUUGAAACUAAUGGAAUCUACUCAUCCCUUCCUUACUUAUCGAUGUUCACGAUGGCUAUAUUUUUCGGCUACAUAUCUGAUUACUUACUGAACAAAAAGAUUAUGACAGUAGCCAACAUCAGAAGAACAGCGAAUACCAUAGGAAUGGUACUAUCUGGGUUUUUCUUGAUUGGAUUCUGCUACGUGGAUAAGGCCUGGCUGGCUGUAUUGCUGCUAAUGAUAUCAUUUGGCAUGCAUUCUGCUGUUCACACUGGAUUCCAUAUAAAUCAAAUAGACUUGUCACCGAACUUUGCUGGUCCCAUAAUGUCUCUGGGAAACAUGGUGGCGAACCUGACCAGUCUGCUGGUACCGGUCAUUGUUUCAAACAUCGUGAAAGAUGAUUUGAAAAAUCCGAGCAGAUGGCAAAUAGUGUUCCUCAUAACCGUGUCCUUCCAGUUCAUAACCAAUGCUGUCUUCGUGAUAUUCGUGAAAGGCUCGGUGCAGCCAUGGAACUUUCACGACGAAGAAAGAAUCGGUACAGGUGUAGAAGAAUUAAAAUCGCUUAACGACCACAAAAACAGCAUCAAAGAAAAAGAGAAAUUAGGAAAUUCCUGA